AUGUGGAGGAAAAAGAGUUUCACGAUAGCGGAACUCAUUGCUGCUUGCACGGGUCACGAAUACAUUAGGCCACCACCAAGAAUGCCUCUAAUCAUAAUAUCCACCGAUAUAACGGAGGAACAGCUGAUUAAGAUGCUCGAAAAAGCAGUGUACGUGGAGAUGUGUAUCGAAAUCAAUCGCUCCACAUUCAAAAGAUUGCGAAUGCCAAAUUUGAAGGAAAUCACAUGUCAACUAGGCCUCCUUCCUAUUUUGCCUGAGUUCGACGCUUAUUUGAAGAAAAUUUUGAUUCCAUUAACAACAACAUAUUCAAAGGGAGAACAAAUUGUACGAAUUCAACGACUUCCUUCGUUACCGUAUACCACCAUUGCUGAUUUACAACUACGGUGUCCACAAUGCAGUAUCAUUCCCGACUUCGGUGUUCAAGGCUAA